AUGGAUUUGAAUGAACUACCCCCUGAUGUUGACUUUGAUUUCAUUUUUGGAGCUAACAUAGAUACGUCUACAAACAAUCCAACCUUUUGCACUCAGGUGGAUCCUAUGGAGCAGCAAUGUGCUCCGAGCGUUUUAGAGGUGGAUCCUGUUGACCAGCGAGAUGCUCCUAGCGUUUCAGAGGUUAGGUUGUCGCUUGAAGAGACACACUUAGAAGAAAUUCAGCAAGUUGUUCAUAACACAGAAUUGGCUGGUGGUCAAUCUGGUACAGAAGGUCUUUUUUCAGAAGCUGUUAAGGCAGAAGUGUGGUCUACACCUCAAGGGCCACACAAUGGAAUGACAUUCAGCACUCUAUUAGAAGCAAAAGAGUACUACAAUUCAUAUGCUAAAAGAAUUGGCUUCUCAAUCAGGACCAACACAUCACGCAGAUCAGCAUUUACAAAAGAGGUAGAAAAGGUACAAUUUGUUUGCAACAAAGAAGGUAAAGGGAAGAAAAGUAAAUCUGAAGAACAAAUUGAUGAGCUUAUAUAUGAUUCUGACGAUGAUUCUAAUUCUGAUCAAGAAGGGGGUGCUGAGAUGCCACUAAUGUCUGAAUUCUAUGGAUCUAGGCAACUAGUACCAUAUGAAGAAAAAGAUGUGCACAACUUUCGCUCGACACUAUGUACAACUGAAAAGUAUAAAGAUAUGCAAGAAACGCUGGAAUAUUUUGAAGAAUUUAAGCAACAUGACCCAGAUUUUUUUUACAAGUUUAAGUUGGAUGAUGAUUACAGGCUUCAGAACCUAUUCUGGAUAGAUGGUGCAGCAAGGAGGGCGUAUGAAACAUAUCAUGACUGUGUGUCUUUUGAUACAACAUAUAUGACAAACAUGUAUGAUAUGCCCUUUGCACCCUUCAUUGGGAUAAACAGACAUGGUCAAUCAUUCCAGCUAGGUUGUGCGUUCCUAAGAGAUGAAAAGACACCAAGUUUUGUCUGGCUUUUCCAAACAUUCUUGGAAGCAAUGAAAGAGAAAGCUCCGUUGAAUAUUAUUACUGAUCAAGAUGGUGCUAUGAGAAGUGCAAUUGAACAUGUGUUCCCACUUGCAAAUCAUAGGAACUGUCGAUGGCACAUAAUGAAUAAAGCAGCGGGUACUGUAGGUCCUUUACUUAAGGAAGAUAAAGAGUUGGAGGACGAAUUCAAGGACUGUAUAAACUACAGUGUCAUGCCAGAAGAGUUUGAGGCAAAGUGGCAAGCUAUGAUUCAAAAGCACCACUCCACGCAAAGAAGUGAAGGUUUUAACGCAGUGUUGAAGUUGUAUGUUAGCCCAAACUUAUCAAUACUGGACUUUGUCAAGCAAUACCAGAAGAUUCAAGAUAAGUGUCUUGUUGCUCAAGAUGGGCAGGACUUCAGAACCGAUGAUAAGACUCGAAACACAUGGUCGAAGAACCCUAUUGAGAAGCAUGCCUCAACUGUGUAUACGAAGAACAUAUUCUACAGAUUCUCAAAAGAAUUUGAAAAGAUCGAAGAGUCAUAUGAUGUGACAGCAAUUGAAGAAGAAGAAAGCUACUAUUGCGAGUGCAGCAAGUUUGAUAGGAAUGGCAUAAUUUGCUGUCACAUCAUCAAGGUUAUGAGCAGAUUUGGUGUCAAGAAGCUGCCUGACUGA